AUGGGAAGGCUAUCCUCUACCAUCGAAAUCGUUCACCACCACCGCAGACACGAAGAUCGCCGUACUCCCGACUCCGAUGUCUCCGAAGACCGCCGUCGUUAUCGUCGUAGCCCUAGCUACGAUUCAUACGAUCGUCAGACAAACCGCCGCCGUAGCAUAUCACCCGAAAACCGAAACCCUAGACACUAUAAUAGAAAUCCAAACGGCAACGAUCUUCCAAAGAAAUUUGGCCACCGCAACGGCUCCUAUCUCGACCGCGACCGCAGCGAUUUUAAGCGAUCCGAGUCUGAAUCUGAUGAUGAGUUGAAGGGGUUGAGUUUCGAAGAGUACAGAAGGUUGAAGAGGCAGAAGAUGAGGAAGUUGAUGAAGUACUGUAUCUGGAACGUUACGCCGAGUCCUCCUAGACGCGAGAAUGAGGAUCUUGAGGAUGAGGAUGUUUACAAAGUUGAAGAGAUUUCUGAGAAAUUUGAUGGAAAGAUCGAUAAGGAGGUUAAACCGGAAGUUAAAUCUGAAUCGGAUGAAUCUGAUGGCUGUGAAUCGGAUAAUCCACGAUUGAGGAAGAGGAGAAGUAAAAGUUUUUCUAAGAAAUCACGAAACCAUAGUGAAUCUGAAUCGGAAUCAGAAGAAGAGGAAGAUCCAAAGCGGAGAAAGAAUAGGAAUGAUAGUGAAUCAGAAGAGGAAGAUCGUAGGAGGAGAAGGAGAAGUAAGAGGAAGAUCAGUAGAAGGAGAAGUAAUAGGAAGAAGAGAAGGCAUAGUGAUUCAGAAGAGAGUGAAAGUGAUGACUCUGACUCUGAUGGUAGUGAAAGAAAGAGGAUGCAUUCUUCUUCUAGGUCUCGAUCAAAACGGAGCAGGAAAGGAACAAAGAAGAGUGCUGAACUGAAAAGUGAGAGUUCGGAGGAUAUUGAGUUGGUUUCUGAUUCAGCCGUUGCGAAGAAUAAGGAAGCAAUUGUUGUUGAUGAGGUGGAUGUACCUGACAUUAGUGCCGAGGCUCUAGAAUUGAAGGAAUUGUUAGAGUUACAGAAGAAACCUGCUUUGGAUAGCGAGCCAACAGUUGGGCCAAUGCCUCUGCCUAGAGCUGAGGGGCAUAUAAGCUAUGGUGGUGCACUUAGGCCUGGUGAAGGAGAUGCUAUUGCACAAUACGUUCAACAAGGGAAGCGUAUUCCUCGUAGAGGAGAAGUGGGUCUUUCUGCAGAAGAGAUUUCAAAGUUUGAGGAACUUGGUUAUGUGAUGAGUGGCAGUAGGCAUCAGAGGAUGAAUGCUAUUCGUAUCAGGAAAGAAAAUCAAGUUUAUAGUGCUGAAGAUAAGCGUGCUUUGGCUAUGUUUAAUUAUGAAGAAAAGGCUAAAAGAGAACAUAAGGUUAUGGCUGAUUUGCAGCGGCUAGUGCAGCGUCACAUUGGUCAGGAUGUUGGUCCAACUCAUGAUCCCUUUGGUGCAAAAGAUGCUGCUGAUGCCUGA